GGCCCUCCCCGGGUUGACGGGGCCGAGAGGAGGGUGACCGGGCCGGGGACGAGCUUCGGGGCGGCGGGUCCCGGGGAUCGAUGGGCCGUGGGGUGAGCCGGCCCUGUCCGUGUGGUGGUGGGGUGAGCCGGGCAGCGAGGUGACAGGUGAGGAGGUGGCCCGGGCAGGGAGGUGGAGGACGCGGCCACCAGGGGUGGCGCAGCCUGGGUCACCGAGGUGACAGGCAGAGCGGAGUGGCGGACCCAGCGAGGUGACAGGCGGUGCGGUGGCCCGGGCUGUGAGGUGACGAGCGGAUCCUGGCCAGGGAGGUGAUGGGAAGAUGCGUUGGCCCAGGCAGGAGGAUGAGGGACCCGGCCACCGAGGAUGGCGCAGCCAAGGCCACGGAGGUGACAGGUGAUGGCAUGACCCAGGCAGGCCCGAGGAGGUGACAGCAAGACGUACAUCCACCUCCUCUCACAACCAGUGAUACCCAGGGCAUGCGGCCACCCGCCACCACCCUGUCACAGCACUGAUGUGACACACAGCCCCGCUGGUCACCGGGUGGUGGUGACACCGGGUGGUGGCUCUGGCCGGGGCUGCCGCUACUCAUUGUCUGCUGUGAUUUUGUGUGUGUGUGUAUGUGUGUGUGUGUGUGCUUUUCCCAUUUGCUUUUGUGCCUGAGGAUGGCCAAGGGGGAGGGACUUGCUAAUGUUUUUCAAACAGAAACUUUCAACCAUCAAAAGCUUCGCCCACGCCCAGAAGUAGGCACUUGGAUGAAGCGCACGUAGUGGCUGGGUGCUGCUUCUGCUCCAUGUGAGUGAUUUUCUGCAGAAGAGCCUCGCAGGGGUGUUAAGGAGAACCACCAGCCAGCGGGUGUUGCUGGAUUUGGGCGACAGGAACGAUGCUGAAGGACUUUGGAGGGAUGUCCCCUGCAGCUGCACGGCCACCAGCUGCACUCAGAGCGCUGCAGAGGGGCUGGAGAGGCAGCGACGUGCGUGGCUCUGUCCUGAGAUCUCCACUGGCAUAGGGUGGCCAUCCUUACCCAGGGGUCACAUCACGUGCCGGAUGCUUCCCUCUUGGAGAUCUUCCCGUGGUGGUGAUUCCCCUUCCUCCCAAGGGAGCCUCUCCCAGUGCCCAAAAGUUCCUCUUAGUGCACAGCCCUGAGGCUGGGGAGCUCCUUUUGAUGGCUGUCACCUGUGAUGGCCUCAGUGUGUCCCCGCUGCCCCAGUGUGCCACUCACCCCACAGCUCACUUGCCUUUUUGGCAUUACCUCCAUCACGCCAAGCCAUCAAUUAAUUAUUAACAAUAAGUGGAGCGGAUCAAUGGGUGAUGCAUGCUGAGGUGGCUGCUCCCCAUCAUACUGGUCGCAGCGUCCUGGGGCUGAGGGCACCACAGCAGUCCCUGUUGGUGUGUGUGUGCUGCUGCUGACCUGGUCUACAGUGACCGAUAGACAUUGACGUCUGGAAUCAGCUCCCAUUCUCCAGUUCAUGCCAAAUGUGCCAGCAGUCGGGCUGUGCCCAACACCUCCUCAGGAGGAGUUGUAAUAGAAUGAAGCUCGACCUGCAAAGAUGCUGCAGCUGUCCCGGCCUCCCCCAGUGCAUCCCAGCGCCGCUCACAGCUGGGACCUGCCAAUAUCUGUUUCUCCCAUCACUGGCUGCAAAAUGCCCCAGAAUGCAAUGGAAGCAUGGAAAGGCGCGCGGCACAGGCUGUUGGCUGGUGGGAGCGGGUAUGACUCAAAGCAAGUGAGAAGUUUGGACAUGACUGAAGACAAUGGGCUGACUUCUGCUCUCUGGCUCUGGGGCAAUUCCUCUGGGACCCCCGGAGUUGUAUCGAUGGCCAUGGAGUGGCAUUUGGCUCUCGCUAGGAGGUCUGUUGGCUUUUAUUUUUCAUUUAGCUAAAAAUUGGAGGGGGGGGAAAAGCAGUAUUUGAUGGGGAAAGCAAAGAAGUUUCAAACUUCCAGAACUGGCCAGAAAGGACCUCUCUGAUGGGACAGAUGUGUUCUGGGGAAGAAGAAGUGGUCAGCAGUGAGAGUGGGGCUGCAGGUCCAGGACAGGUGCGGCUCAGAGGCAAUGCUCAGCUCCAGGAUGGAGUGUUUGGAGGCGAUGCUCAGCUCAUCCCCUGCUCCCACCGCUGUCCGUGCACUACUACUGGGUGUGAACAUGUGGGGUGUCAUGCCCUUGCUCCCUGUGGGAUCUUCCCUGCGCUGCUACAUUUGUCCCCGUGAAUGAGCUGCAGUUUGGGGAGAGACUGCAGAGACCUCACUUGGUGCCCGCUCCCAGAGACACUGCAGCUCUUAUCCAGGUCUUCUGCCGCAGGAGUUCAAAUGAGUGGAAUAAAUGAUUCCUGUGUUCGGCACCGAAUGCCAGAGAACCUGUUGCCAAGAGUGGAAUUUCUCAUUUGAUCUGAUUAACCUUUGUGUCUGCACAAACAACCCAAUAUUUGUCACUGGCUGAACACUUGCUGGAGGAGUUUGCCAGCUCGUCUGGGAGCAUCUGGUCUGCAUGCCACGCACAGUUACGCUUUCCUGCACAGGAAGUCCCCGUUGUCACCUCUGAAAGGACACCUCGAGGGACAGCACAGCGCCCCAUGCUGUGAUAGCAGUGCUGUGGGGCUGGGGGUCUGCAACCCCUUUUCCCGUGGCAUGGGUACAGGGGAGCUGCUCCCCAAACACUGCGGUCCCACCGGGCACCUCCUGGGCAGGGUGACUGGGGUUACUCAGGGCAGCAGCUCUUUGGCUUGUGUUGAGCUGAAUGAUGCAAACAGGGUUUUGUGGGAGGCAUCAGGGGGUGACAAAUCACAUCUGUGUUUUAAAAAACGUGUGCACAUGGGGGAGCGGUGUUAAGCAGAGGUGAAAAGAAGGCAGCAGGUGGCACUUCCUGCAGUCACACUGCUGGUGUCUGCCUGAGCAUCAGCAUCACUUCCCCAGCACUGUCGAUGGUCUCCAGGCUGGACGCAGCCGUAGGGGCCAGCAGGACCCACUCCCAAAGCCCUGACACCCCCAUUCUGCCCCACAGGUCUCAGCUAAGUGGAGUGCGGGGGGCAAGUUUGGUUCUUCAGUGCAGCUGGUCUCUGCAGCAGGAGCCGAGUUGAGGGCUCUAGCAUUGCUGCUCAUUCAGACCCUGCUCAUUGGUCCCCAAACCCACACUUGCUCAGCCCAGUGGUGAAUUUUGUCUACAUUGCAAGGGACGUUUCCAAACCAGACAGGCCUGAGCCCCUCCUGCAAGGUGCUUCCCUUGUCCUGCUGCAUUGUUCCGGGCUGUGCAGCCCACAGCAAUGCACCCAGGUGGCUCGCUCCAGCCAGCUGUGUUAUCUCCCUUCAUUCAAGUGUGAGGUUUGGGUUCGGCGUCUGAGGAUACUUGAAAUGAACUUGGGCAGAAGCAGCCACUCCAUGGCCUUAAUCCUGCUGAAGCGGAGGGGUCUCCUGCUGGCUGCUUCCGUGGGGAGCGCAACUGGGCCCUCCGCGAUAAUUUCUGAUGUUCAUUAUUUAUAGAGAAGCCAAAUUGAAUUAUUAAUACAGAAAAUUUAGAUAACAUUAGCAAUUCUCGGUUUAUAACAGUUUCCCAUUAAUAAGGAAAAUUGGAAAUUUAUCACUACAUCUGUUCAUUAAAACUCACUACUUUUUUUUCCUUUUGGUGUCUUAAAUGAAAGCAUAGAAAUAAACGAAGAGGAAAAGCCAUUUACUCGUUACUUCUCUGGACGAAGCCAGCCCAUAAUUUUUAAUAAAGUCUUUGCCGUUAUACGUGGAGAGGAAACCAGCCCAUCAUGAAAGCAGCUUUUCAACCAUGUCUAUGGCAUUGCUCAGCCAGAGGACAGAUACGCAGAAACCUAUCCCGUUUCUUCCCUUUGUGGGAAUGCUUCAGCUGUCAGAUUUCUAAUUUCCCUCCAUUCCAGCAGCUCUCCUUGCUUUUAGCAUGCGUUCUUCCCAGCUCCAUGUGACUUCUAACGCAUCCCCUGCUUGUUUCAGAGAUGGCGGAUUCCUAUGCCUGUAAAGGUGGAAGGAAAACUGCAGGUUCCACCAAACCCAGCAAAGAGAGCAGGGCAGAGGCGAGGCUGAACCCACCAGCAGAGCUCCCCAGGCUGGGAAAUGCAACCAGUGACAAAACCGAAGGCAAGAAGAAAGGACGACCCAAGGCCGAGAACCAGGCACUGAAAGACAUCCCUCUGCCACUGAUGAACCAGUGGAAGGAUGAAUUCAAAGCCCACUCCAGGGUGAAAUGCCCCAAUUCAGGCUGCUGGCUGGAGUUCCCCAGCAUUUAUGGCUUGAAGUACCACUAUCAGCGCUGCCAAGGGGGCGCGAUCUCGGAGAAGCUGACGUACUCGUGCUCAUACUGCGAAGCUGCCUUCAGUUCCAAAACCCAGCUGGAAAAGCAUUGUCUCUGGAAUCACUUGGACCGACCAGUGCCAACCAGCAAAACUGAAAACAAAGUGCAGAAGACCAUUGGGAAGAGCAGUGGCAAGAAAAGAGCUGCUGAGAGUUCAGCUUGCCCCACCAUCCAUCCCAAACAGGCAAAGACGGAAAAAGCCGUGUCCCAGGAUCAUGCUGAGAAUGGCGAAUGCCUGGCGGAGAGCCGGGAGAGCAAGGAGUUUCAGAUCGCCGCAGCUGAGGCAAUUGCGGCUGCCACCCCCACGGCAAAGUCCUCGAGUGGCAAGGAUGGCGGGCAGCAGGGGGGCAGCCAGGCCUCACUGCAGGAGGAAGACCCCGAGAGGAUGAAGCACAGAAGGAAACAGAAAACUCCUAAGAAGUUUACGGGGGAGCAGCCGUCCAUCUCGGGAACAUUUGGACUAAAAGGUCUUGUCAAAGCAGAGGAUAAGGCGAAAGCCCAUCGCGCCAAGAAGCUGGAGGGGAGCACCAACAUGGAGGAGCUGAAAAAGAAACCGCCAGGAGCUGGGGUGAAGAAGGAAGCGGCUGUGCAUCUACCAGCAGCAAAUCCUGAGGACCAGUGGCAGCGGGAGAUAAGUGAGAAGGGAGAAGUUGCCUGUCCAACCUGCAGCGUUGUAACCAGGAAAACCAUCGUUGGGCUCAAAAAGCAUAUGGACGUCUGCCAGAAACUGCAGGAUGCCUUGAAGUGUCAACACUGCAAAAAGCAGUUCAAGUCCAAAGCUGGGCUGAAUUACCACACCAUGGCUGAACACGUCAGCAAGCCUGUUCCUGUGGAAACCGCUGCACUUGGUGAACAGGAAGAGCGGGAAAGGCUGAGGAAAGUGCUAAAGCAGAUGGGAAAACUGAAAUGCCCCAAUGAGGGCUGCGCAGCCAACUUCUCCAGCCUGAUGGGUUACCAGUACCACCAGAAGCGCUGUGGGAAGCAGCUUGCUGAGGCUGACAAGCCUGUCUUCAGCUGCCCACACUGCGGGAAGAAGUACAAAUCCAAGGCUGGCCACGACUACCAUGUGCGGUCAGAACACCCGGCUUCGGUGAGCCCCCCGGACACCUCCGCCGCCCGAGAAGCGGGGCCAUCCCUCCCCGGGGGUGACUGCAGAGCUGCAGAGCCUGUGGGCAGGAGCGAGCCGGGCAGAGCCGGGCCGGGCAAGCCGCCAGAGGAGCCAGAGGUGAAGCCAGAGCCCACCCCUGUAGAGGAUUUUGAAAGGACCCCGAGCGGCCGCAUCCGUCGCACAUCGGCUCAAGUGGCCGUCUUCCACCUUCAGGAGAUAGCAGAGGAUGAGCUCGCCAGGGACUGGACCAAGCGGAGGAUGAAGGACGACUUGGUACCCGAAACUAAGCGGCUCAACUACACCCGGCCAGGACUUCCAAAGCUGAAUCCAAGGCUGCUGGAAAACUGGAAGAACGAAGUGAAGGAGAAGGGCCACAUCAACUGUCCCAACAACUGCUGUGAAGCCAUUUACUCCAGCGUCUCGGGGUUGAAAGCUCACCUGGCCAACUGCAACAAGGGGGAGCACUCGGUGGGCAAGUACCGCUGCCUGCUGUGCCAGAAGGAGUUCAGCUCUGAGAGUGGGGUCAAGUACCACAUCAUCAAGGCUCACUCGGAGAACUGGUUCCGAACCUCCUCAGAAACCAUCCGGAAAAAGAAAAACAGGGAACAGCUUUCAUCCAGCAAGGAAGAGAAAAAAAAAAGCACAAACGGGAAGAAAAGAGGGAGAAAACCCAAGGAAAGGUCUCUGGAAACAUCCCCGAAGAGCAGAGAGAGCGUGGCAGCAAAGACUAAUCACAAGAAAAGCCCCGAGCACUGGGAGGGCUCCCGAUGCAGCUCCGAUGGGGAUGAGCGUGGCCCCAAGCCCCCCAGCCAGCGCAAGGGGGGAGCCAGCAAGGUGCCCGAGAAGUGAGCAUUCAGAGACUCGUCUGCGAGGAUUCGUUUACAGCCCAGGGUAACAGGGUGGGGGUCGCUCCCAGUUUUCCAUCCACCACCCCCCCCUCCCCUUCUUCCUCUCUCCCCCCCUUCGCUCACCAAUCUUUUUUUUUUACAAAAAAAAAAAAAAAAGACAAAAAAAAAAGACAGAAAAUACCAAUUAACCACUUUAAGCAAAUCAUGGACCUUGUUUCACACUGGAAAACAAAUAGGAUCGAGCAAGCUGGACCUCUCUUGCCCCCUCUGCCCGUGUACAUACCCCUGUGGCUGUGCCCCUGCCCGGUGGGGCCCUGCUGCCGUCCACCCCCGACGUGAUUUCCUUUCCACCUCUGUGCGUGAAACUGGUGACGCUUGAGCGAAAGAAAAGUGCAAUAGCAGCAGAGCCGCAUUGGACACCCACCUGCUCUUGGACCCCCAUGGCUGCAGCCUCCCAGGACGGUGUUCCCAAUGAUGCUCGUCCCGUGCAGGCAGCCUGGAGAGGUGGGAAGGGGCAGGGGGACAGCAGGCCCUGGCAGCAGACGUUGGGUGGCACUUCUUGCCACAGCAUUGGGCUGCGUGGCGCUGUGCAUCAGCGGGGAUAUGCCUUGAGAUGUGUGCGGUGCAGGGCUUUUGUGGUGGAACAGGGAGGGGACAGCGCCCAGGAGCUAGAAUCGAUGGGAGAGGGGUUGCUGCAGGACGGGUCCGGUUUGUGGGUUGAACCGAAAGUGGCAGAAAUGAUGUGAGUGUGGUGAGGGUGAGGGAUGGCAGGGCGUGCAAUGGGACAGAGCAGUGCCGGGGGGGCACUUCGGCUCCUCGUCCUGUCCCCAGCCCAAAGAUGCUGAUUUGGGAUGGGGGGAGUGGGUGUUUGGUCACCCGGCUCCUGUGCUCGGCUGCGGGCAGUGUGCAAUGGGGACACGGGGUCAGCAUCAAGUGACAAUCAUGGGUCCUGCUUUCGGGUGAGUCCCCGCUGCUGGGCACGUUGUGCCAGAGCCUUGGGGACGGGGUCACCGCGGGGCAACUCUGCCCUCCUUGCUUUGUUUUGUGUCUGUAUUCCCGCACUGGUGUCGUGGUGACACCUCUGGCUUGGAGGAAGCGCCCCAGACCGAGACGUGUCUGCGCAGACAAGAACCAGGCUACCUCUGCCCUCGGGUUGUGGACACGUCUCGCUGUGGUUUUCUCUCGGUAACGGAGCAGUUCUCCCCCAUCUCGGGGCUCAGGAAGGCGGCCUUUGAGGGAGAAGAGGUUCUGCUUUUACUUGGCUCAAUUGAAAUCUCAGCCCUCAGUUUCCUUCGCUGCUCUUCACAGCCCAUCUCGGCACCAUCCCCUGCUUGGUAACGAUCCACGUCCUUCCCCACCGAUGCACUGUUGCCGAUGGGGACGUGGGCAUCGUGGUGGCAUCGCUGGGAGCGAGUGCUCGUGCUCCAGCCACCAACAUCUGGGUGCCAGCAUCUGCAGGGCUGGGCGCCGUGCCACCCCGCAGCGAGGAAAUCAAUGCUGAGCGCGUUCAGAGCGCUGCUGGCCACCUCGGGCUGUGGAGCAAUUAGAGAGAAAGCGUAAUUAGGCGCUGCGCUCACCCUGCUUGCCCCUCGGCUUCGCCUGCUCCGUGCGUUGGUUGUGCCGCCCGUACAGGUGGUAGCUCCGCAGGGAAGGGCUCACAGCUGGCAGCUGGGAUGUCACCAUUGUCACAGUGGGACCGGGAGAUGCUUUCCCGCGGUUGUCCCUCCGUUGUGAAGGCUCGUGGGGUGGUUUUGGGCAGCGGCGGAAAAGGGACAAAGGGCAGAGCCGAGCAAAAAGGGGGGAGGUGAGCAGGGCCAGCGUCCUGCACCCCAGCUGCUCUGAUAGAGGGGAGCUGGGGACGGGUCGGGGUAUGGGGACGGCGCCGCCGGGGCCGGGCUGUGCCCUCAGCCUGCAGCUGGCUGGGAAGCGCCUCUGAGCCCCGUGUGAAAACGGCACGCUGGGGAAAAGGAACGUUGUUAGGAGAAAUCGGACUCUUUGGGGUUGGGUUUUUUUUUCCCUUAGAAGGUAUUUUUUUCCCCCCACUCGUCAAGGAAUACGUUCUCCUACUGCUUGCUUCUCAAUAGCGGAUGAAGCAUCCUGCAAAAAAGAAACAAAAACCAACCUGUGAGUGAUGGUAAAAGCACAGGGAGGCUCUUCUUCCCAAGCAGUCAGGGCAGGGCCGGGUUUGGGGGCACCCCAGGGACCUGCUGCCGCUACCGGGACCAGGAGCUUCAGAGCAGAGCGAGCGCGCAUCCCUCACACCCAGAUCUGCCCCAGCGCCAUCCCAGCAGGGCAGAGAAACGUUUUGCUUCGCUUCACUUUGCUGUGGGCACCUUCGUUUCCCCGCCAGCCCCUCGCUGCCCACCUCCAAAGCAAUGCUGGGAGCAGCAGCGCCGGGUUGGUGCCGGUUGGGUGCUCCGGGGCGGCACCGGCAGCAGGAUGGCAGCGGUGUGCUGCAGUGAGCUCAGCGUCUCCUUGUCCUCAGUGAGGCCUGGAGAUGUUCCCCUGCCCUGGGCACCGUGGCCCCGCAUCCUGCCGAAAUCCCAUCUUCGCGCCGCCCACAGCCGCACAUCACUCAGGAAAGGGCUACACCUGCACGCGUGGGGCUGGGACCCAUCCCUCCCACAGAGCCCACCCCAGCGAGGGCUCCGGCAGCACCCAGCACCCGCCCCACGGAGCACAGCGCGAGCGUGGCCGUGCCCCAUGGCGGCACAGGGGGGCAGGAAGGGAGCCCCCCCCAGCCCCCAGCCCCACGGUGUCCCCGCUGCCCCGGGUCCCCCCGGCGUCGCUGUCCCCCUCCUCACGGCAGCGCCGGGUCCGUCCCGUUCUUUUCUUUCCCUCCUCGCGACGCCCGUCCCACGGCACAGCCGAAUGUUUCUCGUCGAUGCCAGUUAUUAGUGCAUUACGUGUAUUUUGGGGGGGGGAGGGGGAGGAAAAAAAAAAAAAAAAAGAGAAAAAAAAAUUAAGAAUUUUCAAUUUAUCACUUGUAACCAUAUAUAUAAAUAUAUAAAUAUAUAUAUUAAAGAAGUGUUUAUUUGCAAAAAAUAAAAAUUAAAAAAAAAAUAAUUAAAAAAAAAAAAAACAAAAAACCGACCCGUUUGAACA